CGCCCCUACCCAUCCUCCCAUACAGUCGAGGGUAGUUGGCACCACUAUAAAGCUUCAGCCUCCUCCGACGACUCGUGCCUGACUCUCUGCCAACCUGUGUGAAGCUAGGAAGAGGAAUAGUGAGAGGGAGGGAAGAGAGGGAGAGAGAGAGAGAGAGAGAGAGAGAGAGGGAAAGGAUUUUUGGAAGGAAAUAAACAGAGCAGCCUGGAAUUCGACCUUUCCUUCACCAGUUUUGGCACCCAGGGAUAGUACCUCUCCCAGGUCUCUGCAUGAGGGGGCAGCAGCGCUUGGACUUCAGUUUUACGGACAAGCAUGCAGUCAAUGGGAAUCCCACUGUUGAGCCUUUUCCAGAAGGCAUGGAGACCAUCAUGUUUGGUUUAGGCUGUUUCUGGGGACCUGAGAGACUUUUCUGGCGGCUUCCAGGAGUCUUCUCCACACAGGUGGGCUACGCCGGUGGCUUUACACCCAACCCCACUUACCACGAGGUCUGCUCAGGUCUGACCGGUCACACCGAGGUGGUGAGGGUGGUCUUCUCCCCGAAAGACGUCAGCCUUGAGGAACUGUUGAAGCGCUUUUGGGAAAGCCACAAUCCUACACAAGGUAUGAGGCAGCAGAAUGACAGUGGUACUCAGUAUCGUUCAGCCAUUUACACAUCCAACCCCACUCAACAGGAGCUUGCAUUGAGAAGCAAAGUGGCCUUCCAGCAGGAGCUGGAUAAAAAAGGCUACGGUCGCAUCACCACAGAGAUCCGGGAGUGGCAGCCGUUUUACUAUGCAGAGGACUAUCACCAGCAGUACCUGAAGAAGGUACCUAAAGGCUAUUGUGGCCUCAAAGGCACUGGAGUCUCUUGUCCCAUUGGAGCCGGGAAGGAUGAACUGUGAGGGAUGCGUGGUGAGAAAGAAAAGGACGAGGAUUUAUGAAGGCUUUUAUUUUGUCAUUUAUCGUCCUUAAUCUUUCCUUUUCAAAAGUAUUUUACUAGUAUUUUAAUAAAGUAACUUAUUUGUCAGAUUUUCAAUCAAAUUUGUUGCUGUCUGUCAGCUGUGGAGAAUUAAUAUAUUGUCAGAAUAAGCUUUAUUGGCCAAGUAUGUGUACAAGGUUGCUCAGAAUGUACACAGAAAUAGACUAGCUAAAAACAUGAAUAUUUUACUACUAUGUACUACUAUGUAUAAAUAUAUAAAAGCGGUAUAUAUAUAAAGAAAUUGGUAAACGGUAAGACAAUAGUCCACACUGUAAGAAACCUUUUUCUGUAUAGCACCUGUGAAACACAAGGGAAUUCAAAUUGCUUUGCAUAAAACAUUAAAUGCAUUAAAUAUAUAGAAGAAAAGGAAAAUGAAAUAAAUAAAUGAAAAGAGAAUUUAACUUGAAGUUUUAGUGCAGCUGUAGCAGCAUCUUGUUGGACUGCAGCAACAGUCAGCUUCCACAAGGUGUCAAUGUUUCUCAAAGAACACAGUCGAGCCCCAGCAGUGUUUUUAUAGCAUUCCUUUUAAUGUGACACAUUGUAGCUAAGAAACCAUGUAAACACUUUGUAUUCCAAAGUUGGUUGAUUAGAAGAAAAUCAACCAACCUUAAUAGUUUUACUAUCCAGCAACCUUUUCACCUUCAUCUUAAAGCCAGAACACUACAGAGCUCAGACUUUAGUAACAGUUCUUCAAGUUUCUUAAAUGCAGAUUUGAAUAUGAUCAGUAGCAGUCUAGGAGUAGUAGUCUUAUUAUUUUGAUUUUACUGUGAAUAGCUGAAUUUACCUCAAUCAAGACCGACUGAAUACUGCCUUUAUUUUCUUAAUGUCUCACUUUGAAAUAAUAAAAUGUAUCUCAUCCAA